UCCGUAACGUUCGAGAGAGGCAGUGAUCGAGAACGGAAAUAAAUUGGCUUAAAAUGAUUGUAGUUACCGGACAUCUCUUCGACGUUUGGAGUUCUAGUUUUCGAAUCAUGCCUCAAGAACUCAGUCUCUACAGAUAAAAGGAGCUCGAUAAGGGAGCCUAAAACAGGUACUCAUGUGGCACUUCUUGACUUUCUUCCUGCUGCAAUAUCUCCUUGGGCAUUCUUCUGGCUCCAGGAUUUUGGGCGUCUUCCCUCACGUCGCCAGAAGCCAUUUCAUGAUGUCCGAGACAUUAAUGAAAGGUUUAGCAGCUAGAGGACACGAAGUGGUCGUGAUUAGCCAUUUUCCUCAGAAGACUCAGAUACCGAAUUACACAGACAUUAGCCUUGUAGGGUCGAUGCCGAAUUUUGUGAGCACAGUUCCUCUGGAUGUCAUAGCUACAGACUCCGUCUACACUAUAGUGACGCUCUUAGCUGAGCUUGCUGUCACAGGAUGCGAAAAGACUCUGUCUCAUCCCCCUGUUCUGAAACUCAUCAAUUCAAAAGAGACGUUUGAUCUUGUAAUCACAGAACUUUUCAACACGGAUUGCUACGUUGGAUUUGCAUAUAAAUUUCAAGCACCAUUUAUUUCUAUUGUCACAACACCAUUACUACCCUGGGGGUAUGAAAGAUUUGCAAAUCCUGAUAAUCCCUCUUACAUUGGGAACAUAUUUCUGGGGCAUUCUGAUAAAAUGUCUUUCCUAGAGAGACUUGUGAAUACGAUUUAUCUGAAGAAAUCGCAAUGGGAGUACCAUUACUGGUUUGAUCUUCCUUCUCAAGCCGUUGCAAGGAGGUACUUUGGAGAAUCGCUGCCUCCUCUGGCGGAAUUUGUACGCAACACGAGUCUAGUGCUUGUUAACAGACACUUCUCACUGAAUCAGCCCGUACCAAACGUACCGAGCGUCAUUGAAGUAGGCGGACUCCAUGUGCAGAUACCAAAGAAACUGCCCGAGGAUAUCGACAAGUUCCUGAACGAAUCCGAGCAUGGAGCCAUUUUCUUUAGUUUGGGCUCCACUGUCCGAGCUGACACCUUCAGCCAGCAGAAAAUGGCUGCAUUCUUGCAAGCGUUUUCCGAACUACCACAGCGAAUUCUCUGGAAAUGGGAAGGCAGCACACUACCAGGACAGCCAAAGAACAUAAAGACUGCAAAAUGGCUGCCCCAAGUUGACGUUCUUGGCCAUCCCAAGGUCAGACUAUUCCUCACACACGGCGGUCUCAUGGGCACUAUGGAAGCUGUGUUCAGUGGCGUUCCCAUGGUUGCCAUCCCCUUGUUUGGCGAUCAGUUCCACAACGUGAAGAACUUGCAGGAUGAAGGAAUCGCCGUGAAGUUGGACCACAUGUCUGUUACCAAGGAGAAGGUCCUGGCGGCUCUGAGAGAAGUUUUGAGCAAUCCUAGUUACAAAGAAAAUGCGAUGGCUGUUUCAAGAGCAUUCCGCGAUCGUCCUAUGUCUCCUCUGAACACCGCUAUGUUCUGGACCGAGUACGUAAUCAGACACCGAGGAGCGCCACAUAUGCGCUCUGCAGCACUGGAGUUGAGUUGGUACCAAUACCUGCUGUUAGAUGUCAUUGCAGUUCUAUUCGUUAUUACAGCCGCGAGUCUGUUAACACUUUACGUUAUCUUCAAAAAAUUGUUUCACUUGCUUGUGUCAAAACCACUCCACUCCAAAGCAGAAAAGAAGAAAAUGAAUUAGGCAAGAACCAAAUUAGUCACUGAAUUUGAUUUAUUUCAUUCUGGUCCGUCACACUAAUAUUAUGAAAAAGUUAAAUACUUCCGUCCAGUGUGACUGGU